AUUCCACCCCACAUUUUAUUCAUCAUGGCAGAGUCAUCGACAGGCUGGUGGAAGCUCACUUUUAUGAGGAGAAAAAAAUCCCAACCAAAGGUUUUGUAUGAAAUCCCUCCAGAGUCUGUGUCCAACUCACCCAGCAGUCAGCAUCGUUCAAGUGCAGCCUCAGGAGCUGCUGCCCAAGCAGAAGAUGCCCAGCUGGAAGCCCGACUGGGGAAGAUCGUGGACAAGACGACAGCCAGUAAGGGGCGUCACGUCAAAGUGUCACACUCUGGGAGGUUUAAGGAGAAGAAAAGAGUGAGAGCCACACUGGCGGAAAACCCAGAGAUGUUUCCUGGGAGUGGCCCUGCCAGGGAUGAGAACCAGAAGGCUGAGAAGUGAACACGGAUGAAGAUUCACAAACAUGUAAAGACUAACGCAGACGCAUUUAUGAGAGGAAAAAAUACAUACCCUGUUCAAACGGUCCAAUCAGUCAACAAGAAGGAAAGGAAAACAACACAAAAUCCAGCCAAGGAUCUCUGGUAGAUCUGUAUCUUGAGGCACUUUCAGUCUGUUUUCAGCUUUGGUGAUUGUCAAACACAUGCUGCUGAUAGUAGGACAAAAGGUGGUUGCAGGGAUUUGAACAACUGUUUAGUCGAUUAGUCUAGUCUCUGUUUUUAGUCGAAACUCUGCCUCAUCACCUUAUAAACACCACUGGGUCACCUGGACUACAGUUCAGCUCAGACACACACAUGGACUGUAUCUACACAGCAAUGUGUCUUUAACUCAGGCUCCAAGCAGAAACUGGAUACAACACGAGCUAUGACAGCGUAAAUGUGUCAUAUAGCAUAUUUAGUUCAAUGCUUUAAAAAACCAGACCCACUGAGUGGUGAUACUAGUAGUGCAAUAAAUAGUUUUUCAAAUUAAUAUCAUUUUAGGUCCCGGUGAUCAAAUAUCCAUGAAAAGUUUUCUCCUUUCUUUUUUCUUUCAUGUGUUGCAUUGAAUGCAUUUAAUUAUAGUUGAACUUUUGCACUAUGAUAAUGGGCACAAAGAAACACUUCAUCAAAUGACUGGUUCAAAUAAGAAUUCCCAGACUGGCUUUAAAGAAUUUCUUUUACCACUACGUUAUAGUUUAUCAGCUGAUAUUUCAGAUUUCAUACAGUGACCAACAAUACAAACUAAAACAAUAUGUGGAUAUUACUUCUUUCCAAUAGAAAUGUGGAACCACAUUGUUUUGUUUCUGUUUUUCAAACAAAAUUAUCUACUUUUUGUUUGUUUGUGUGGUUUUAUUGACAUAAAACAAAACAAAUUCUACUAGAAUCAAAAUUUGGCACCAUUAAAGCACAACAGAACUACUGGGUCAAACACUGGAACCAGUAAAGUUAGUGGCUACAGGACUGAAAUCCACCAUGGUUUCUUUAAAAAGAAAUGACCCCACACUCUUCAGACUCUUCACACUGAGUUAAAUGUUGGGGAACGUUCACCUCUGAAUUUCCACAACUGACCAUAUCAACCAGAAGUUUGAAGGCAGAUGCUAGAAGUCACUGAUGUUAAUGUCCAUAAAAAUGAAAUGCAGGAACUUGUAA